AUGUCGCUGCUGACGGAGUACGAGGGGUGGAAGGAAUCGCCGGACGUCGAGUCGCUGCUGCCGUCCACGUCGCAGCCAUCGGAGUCGCAGCCGCCGGCAUCCCAACCCUCUGUACCGUCCCUUACCACUCCGUCUUCAGCGACCGACUCCGCUCAACUGCCGUCCCCUCGCCGGCCACACCCACACCCGCCGGGCGCUGCCGCCAUUCCGUCCGCCUCUACACCGGCAACCGCAAGGCUUCCGCGAGGGGAGAGCGAUCGCGGGCCGCGGUCGAAUGAGGGGGAGGCGGCGGAAGCGCAACGCCAGGCGGCGGAGCAACGCCUUCCGCCGUCCGUCAGCACCGGCGGCAAAGCGAAGCAACGCAGCGGGCCCUUGAACCGGGUAACGUCCGCGCUGCGUCCCAUGUCCGCCAUGUACCCCCGGCGCAAGCCGCUAGGCGCGGGAGUGCGCUUCGACGACGAUCGCGACGUCCCCUCGCCGAGAGCCGACGGCAGCAACAGCUUACCGAGGGCGAGCGCCGCGGUCGACGCGCAGCCUGACGACGGGGGGGCGCUGACGGGCGGGCAGAAGAAACCGGGGGAGGAAGGCGGAGUGCAAGGGGAGGGCGGUGUGGGGAAGGUGGGGUCGGGGCGGAGCAAGUGGCAGAUGGUGCGGCGGUCGCUGAAAGACAUCAAGGAAGUGGAGCGCGAACUCAAGGACAUGGCGGACACCGCGCGCGGAGGGGCGGCGGCGGACGACGAGGGCGCGAGUGAGGGCGCGGACGACGACGACCUGGAGCGGCUCGCCAAGGACCUCGAAGCGCUGCGCGCCGAGCGCAAGGCGCGGCAGCAGCAGCAGAAGCAGCAGCGCGCGACGAACCCGAUAGGCAGCGCGGGCGGACCGCCGCAGUCGGCGGUGCACGUGGACAUGCCGGGCGGCGUGCGGCAGCGCAAGAUGGUGCGGCAGAGUGUGAUCAUGUGCAUGGACCCCAUGUGCAACCGCUGCCCGCCCGAGAUGCACCUCCACAUGCGCAAAAUGAUGGCCGCCGCCGCGCCCGGCGCGAGCGCGGCGGUGACGCCAGUGGCGAAGGACUACUCGGCGAUGGACUGGAUGCUGGACGACGAUGGCGACGAGGAUGGCGACGGCGAGGAGGAGCUGCUCGUCACACUGCGCUGCUGCGGCCUCCGAUUCACCUACCGGCGGCGGCGCUUCCUGCUGCGGCGGUUCGUGGCGGAGCUGUGGCCGCCGCCGCUGCUGCAUCCGCACAGCUACUACGUGAAGCUGUGGGUCAAGCUGCAGUUCGGCAUGAUGCUCGCCGCCUUCCUGCUCGACCCCUUCUUCCUCCUCGUCCUCUCCGUCUCCCAGGAGAACGUGUGUGUGUACACGAGGUGGACCUUCGCCUACUGUCUCGUCGGCAUUCGCACCUUCCUUGACUUCCUCACGCUUCUCAACAUACUCGUGCAUACGCGCAUGAUGUUCAACGCGACGCACGACCAUGUGAAGGAGGGCAACAUACGCAACUCCAGCGGCGAGCCCGUGAAGCUGGGCGACCUGGUGGUGGACGGCCGCGCCAUCCUCAUCAACUACCUCCGCACGCUCUUCCUCGCCGACCUCCUCGCCCUCAUCCCCCUCCCCCAGGUCCGCCCUCCCCCCCCCGCCUCCACCCAACUUCCGCCACUCCCCACCUCCGUCCCUCGCCCACUUCGCCCGUCCAUGGGUCCCUCCGGCCAUUUUAGGUCCCUCGUUCCCUAG